UAAAGAAACGCUUUUAUUUUUCUUUUUCUCCCAAUUUUUUUUCUCUCUUUGGGGUUUUCGCAUGAAGAAUGCUUCGAUUCGACGACCGCAGAGGAGAUUCACGUUGAGUAAUCUUAUGAUUAGCACGAAACCAUUACAAUCGACUGGGCUUCUUCUUCCUCGUGGUGAUUUGAUCUGUUCGGUUAAUUCAGGCACAAGAAUAAUUCAAUCGGCUGUGAUUCUUCUCCGUCGUGAUUAUUUUGAUCUAGGGUUGUUUGUUUCUGUUUGGUUUGAUUCGGCACAAAACUAUUUGACCGGCGGCUUAGUUUCUUCUUCCUCCUCAUGGUGGGCUUCAAUAGCUUUGACUACUGUUAUCAUUCUUGGAGUUACAGUUCUCAUUCAGGUGAAAUCCCUCCUUGUUUGUCGGCAUAUGAGUUCUAUAUCACCAGAAUGGUCUGAUAAAGUUGAUGGUAUUGAAUUUGUGGCAAUGGAAGCUGUUCCAGAGCUGUGUUGUUCCUGCUGCUAAAUAUGAGGUGGGCUUCAAUAGCUUUGACAACUGUUAUCAUUCUUGGAGUUACAGUUCCCAUUCUUUUAAAUCAGGAAAAGGAUACUUACAAACUCAAUGUCGGUUUUAGAUUGUUGUUCUCUGAUUGCAUUUUUCAGUCGCUAGGAUUUGUCUCUUUUUCAUUUGUGAUUUAUCUAUCAUGUUCUUGCAGGUUUUGAGACGGCAGUGUAGGAGUUAAGAUGAGAGAUGAGCACUAAGGUACAAGUUGUUCCUGCUCCUUUAGUUACUUGUUUUUGUGUGCACAUGAACGUUUGUGAGUUUUAAACUGUUCAACUCCAGGUUUCACGUGUACAAGGUAAAGUCCUUCCUUUUUUUGUUUUUUUUGUUUUUUUUUUUGUGUUUUCAAGUUUUGGAGGACUGAAAUCAAACGGGGUACAAUUGAUCAGUCCAGUUCUGUUCGGAUUUAUUGUUAUUAUUUUAUUUAAGCAAUUGACUUUUGUAUCAUUGUGAUUUUAGAAUCAAGAUUUUUUUUGUAUGUGUUCUUGAUCCAACAACAAAAGAUUUAUUCACUUUAAUAAGAAUCCAGAUCCAUUUUUGGUUUUGGUUACUUCGUCUGCUUAUUCUUAGUUUUGGGGAUUUUAAGUUUUGAUGUUUUUGUUUUCUUUUAAAACCCAAAACAGAUCAUUGACAGACAUUAAUCUAAUAGUGUUCUGCCAGAUUCUAUUUUGGGGACAUUGUCCCGAGCAAAAUCGUGAACUGUUGGCUUGGUAGUGCAUGCAUGUUGGGAAUUGGAAAAGAGGUUGCGAUUUGUUGGAUUAUCCAACGGCUAAAUAAGUCUUAAGACAAAAGACAUAGAACCAAAAAGUUCUCAGAGUUUUGUACCCUCGGCUGGUAAAAACCAUAAGACAUGAAUAAAGAACCAAAGAGUUCUCAAAGUUUGGUACCCUCGGCUGGUAAAAACCAUAAGACAUGAAUAAAGAACCAAAGAGUUCUCAAAGUUUGGUACCCUCGGCUGGUAAAAACCAUAAGACAUGAAUAAAGAACCGAAGAGUUCUUAAAGUUUGGUACCCUCGGCUUGUAAAAACCAUAAGACAUGAAGAAAGAACCAAAGAGUUCUGAAAGUUUGGUACCCUCGGCUGGUAAAAACCAUAAGACAUGAAUGAAUGACCUUGCGGCUUAAUGAUUCUUAAGACAAAGACAUAAAAGGACCAAAGAGUUCUUAUUGGUACCAUCGGCUUAGAAAAACCAAAAGACAUUGGAAGAGUAGUGCAUGCACGUAAGGGAAUAAGUUCCGAUUUGUUGGAUGGAGCCGGACUAAAGAAAUCUUAAGACAAGAUUGUUACUUGUUUGAUGGUAAAAAUGACCAGAACUUGGACCAACGUACGGCUUAAAGAAGUUUAGCCCAACGAGGUACGUAUAUGGCAUUCACAUAAAAUGAAGACUAACAAAUUCUUUUUUCUUUUUCUUUCAGGUAUGUGCUUCUCAAGUUACGGUGUUCAGAUUGUCAAGACUUUUGAUAGGUAUAUGCUUUCAAACCUUUUUAUUUUUGUUUAAGUGCUUUCUAGACUUGUUUGUAAUUUAGUGUAUGAAAAUCACAAGUGAGAGACACAUACAGCAUCCUGAACUCCAAAGUGGUAGUUUCUGGUGCUUUUAUCAACCCUUAAUGAUGACGCAGUUGGGACAGAUUCCAAUUCGGCAAUUCGAAAGAGUAGGUAUAAUUUCAGUUUGAAAAUCCUAAAAAUUGCUUGUGUUUCUAGAUGAGCAUAUUGUGUAUUUUAGUUUCACUAUUCUCUAUCUUUUAGUGCUUGUGUAUCAUAAGCUCUCUUAUUCUAUAUAGUGGAUGUAGAGUCUCUCGUAGAUAUUUAACAUAUGUAGAUUGUGUUUGUGUUCUUUGAACCUUGAAACUAUUUUUUUGCCUUGUGCUCUAAAACUUUGGUGAUUGUUUUAAACAUGUGAAUGACAUCCUAGGAUUUUGCAUCAUCCACUGAGUAAAGGUUGAUUUUACUUUGGCUUUUGAAACAUUAUAUUGUGUGUUGAAAAUACUUAAUAUCCCUGUUUUGGUGUUUGUAUGUAUAAAUAACUUUUUCAUUUAAUGAAAUAGAUGCAUCUUGGGAUCUACUGUAGUUACUUAUUUUUAAAUAUCUGUGAUAGUAGUACUGCACAUUAUGGUAAUAAUAUUAUUAAAUCUUGAAUGUCUUUGUUUUGUGUUAUGCUCUAAACCCUUGGUGGUUGUUCUUAGCAUGUGAAACCAUAUUAUGGAAUUCUGCAUUUACUAUAUACACUAACUGAAUUAUGGUAAUAAUAUUAAUCUCGAAUGUCUUUGUUUUGCGUUAUGCUCUAAAUCCUUGGUGAUUGUUCUAAGCAUGUGAAACCACAUUUUGGAAUUCUGCAUUAUACUAAUAUUGUGUUAGGUUAUAUAAUUUAUACCUCUUGGCUUCAGUGUUUACAAUACACUAAUUGAAAACGUCAUAAAUUCUCUUGUUUUACGAAA